AUGGACGAGCAUCCAUCUGGAGCUGGGGGCUCUGAUCAACGAUGGACGUGCAGGGCUCCUACCUGUUGGAGCAACUACGAAGAGAGAAUUUGGAGGCGCGACUGUAGUGCUGGCGAGAGUGCUGUUAUAGCGGAAAGCAUAGUUGGCUCGUUGCAUGGUGCGCCAAUUACGGCAACCGUCCCAUCAAGUUCAAAGGGGUUUGUUGUGUCUGAAGCAGAAGAUGCAUAUAUUAGGCCUGCUGCAUGCUUAAAAUUCAGCCGAAUCUGUAAACUAGCACAGGUGGCGAAUACCACUAAAAUCAAGGUAUAUCAGUUUACACCAGAGUUGUAUGGUAAAUCAAAUCACAAGGAAAAAACGUGGAGGCCAGCGAGCGGUCUCAGAUGCCAGCACGCGGAGAAAUCCAGAGGCUCCGAUGAAGCACAAAUAACGAAUUGGGAUGAUCGCAAGAAGUUUACUGGUUUGAUGGAGCAAGCCAAAAUGGGGCAACACGGCAGAAAUUUCUUGGAGACACGAGGCUUCGGAAUCCUCCCAAUCCUAGGCCCAGCCAUGAGCUUCUCUGCUCUGCGCAGCACUGCUCCGUCCGCUUUCAGCCGGCAACUCCUCGGGGGAGCUCGGAGAGGGCAGGCUGUGCGUGCCGUUCGCGGACCACAGGCAACCCCCGCACCCCGUAUCUUUCAACCAGGUCAGCAUGAAAUUUUCCGCACACGCGACCGGCUAGGAGCACUUGCAGAGCGGUACAAGAAUGACAUGGAAGGAAAUCUGGGAACAGGGCUGUCUGGGUACACACCUAAAGUCACGACCGGAAUACCUCUCAGAGGAGCUCUAAAAAUACCGCCUUUACAAGCCCCCAUAUUGCCACCUAGGCAGGUUAGCAGGUUGAUUUCCAGGUAUGAACCAGGAAACCCUCAGGAGGGAGAGCUCGGAAAGCAAAGGAAUGAAGGGGCACGUAAGCGACAAGAAGAGGAGGCUGAGAGACAACAGAAGGAAAAGGAGCGGAAACAGCAGGAGGAGGAGGCACGUAAACGACGAGAAGAGGAGGAACGGAGACGGCAGGAGGAAGAGGAGGCACGGAGACGGCAACAGGAAGAGGCUCAGAGACGGCAACAGGAAGAGGCUCGGAGACGACAAGAAGAGGAGGCACGUAAACGACGAGAAGAGGAGGAACGGAGACGGCAACAGGAAGAGGAGGCGCGGAGACGGCAACAGGAAGAAGCUCGGAGACGACAAGAAGAGGAGGCACGUAAACGACGAGAAGAGGAGGAACGGAGACGGCAACAGGAAGAGGCGCGGAGACGGCAACAGGAAGAAGCUCGGAGACGACAAGAAGAGGAGGCACGUAAACGACGAGAAGAGGGGGAACGGAGACGGCAACAGGAAGCGGAGGCGCGGAGACGGCAACAGGAAGAGGCUCAGAGACGGCAACAGGAGGAGGCACGUAAACGACGAGAAGAGGAGGAACGGAGACGGCAGGAGGAAGCGGAGGCGCGGAGACGACGGGAGGAAGCGGAGGCGCGGAGACGACGGGAGGAAGAGGAAGCGCGGAGAAAGAGAGAAGCCGAGCUCGAGAAAAAGCGCGAAGAAGCCAUACGUGCCAUCCCACGUGCUGAGCCUGGCAGUAAGCCAAUGAAAAAGGUGCCGGGGGGCCUCCAAGAGGCACUUUCAAAGGCCCUCCAACGCAAAGCGGGGAUUGUCACGUCAGCACCUCCGCCACCUCCACCAGCUGUCACUACGCAAACAGCAGAACAACUUCUGGCAGAGGCGCAGGAAAUGUUCAGAGAAAUUGAUGAAGCCGCAGAAAAAAAACAAGCAGAAAGUAAUCCUUCUAUUGAGUCCGGAAUACCUGCCGAGCAUAUGCAGAAGGCGCUUGCUGUUUUUGACUCAAAAGGAAAACCUCAUUUCACAAAAGGUCCCCCCAAGAUAAUAGUGGCAAAAUAUGAUGACCCUAGAACUGGCUGUCACACCAUGAGUACAAAUUGGAGUCCUUGCUCUACCAACUGUGGACAGGGUAAACGGGUAUCCUUCACGCGAGAACUGGUGCCCAAAGGCUGCUUGACGACUGUACACGAGGAAAUCUGCGUAAACACCACAGGGUGCAUAUGCGGGAAGAUGUUGUACGACAACCUUUUAGGAAGCUACCAAGGGCUUCCAGAUGCCGCUAGAGAAGAGCUGGGUCGCCUUGUCUCGAAAUCACUUAACCUGCGGCGGGAUGGCAACCGCGUGUGCUUGCAAUUUGAUACUGGAUAUACUGUGCGCGCUUACAAUGACGAGGGCCUCCUUGGCACUUCUGGGACUGGGUAUCACAUACGAAUGCUUAAAGAAAGUAACAAUGUCGAGAAAUCUUGCGAUCUAUCUACUGAGCACAAAUAUGUCACACGAACUGAAUUAGAUAUGCUACAAGGCCACAAUGAAAUUCGGGGAAAGCACAAUGUGGCGCCGCUUAAAUGGAAUCCAAUGAUUGCAGCGAAUGUCAAAAAAUACUUGGAGUACCAAAAUAAGUACCAAGGUUGCCGUAUGGAGCAUUCGCCAGUUACCACGCGUACUCUGCCUGGCAUUCCCCAGGGAACAGGGGAAAAUCUGAUGACAUGCUGCUCUCCUGGAAAAAUACCACCUGACGUUGCAAGCAUGUGGGCAAGCGAAGCGUAUUGUUACAGGCACGGCAAGAUCGGUAACCCUUGUACGGGUUAUCUGGGACCGAAAUGUAGUACAGAGAAGCAUGCACACGGCCUCAUGACAGGACAUUAUACAGCGGUUGCCUGGGAUAAGUCACAACAAGUAGGCUGCGCCUAUACGGUCUGCGACCGCAAGUGCGAAGGGAAUCGGAAUAUCAUUUUAAUUGGCUGUCAGUACAACCCAGGUGGGAAUAUUAUAGGUGCAUACCCUUAUUCUGUAGAAUCUGCACGAGAAGCAAUGGCAGUUUACCCUUCCAUAUUGCCAGGAGCUCCUGGCGACGCUGAAUCAAGACUUGAAUGCGAGAAGUUCAGGAUGAAGAUGGAGCAGGAGAACCCCAGGGUUGACAUAACACGAAAAAAGUCCUCGGGUGAAGAUUCGUCUUGA